GCUUCAAUUAAACUUUAUAGUAAAAAAAAAGGGGGGAAUUAAUAAUAAUUGUUUUCUUUAUUUUCCUCACACUAUAUAAAGCACUACCACUUCAAUAAAUAUAUCUUCACUACACUUCUUUCUCACUCUAAGCAUCUCUUUCUCUCUCUAUAACACUCACAAAAUCCAUAUUUACACAACAAAAAAAAUUUAAGUUUGAUGGAUAAAUUAAUCAAUCAAGAAAAUAAUAUUGAUAAAGAAAUUAUGGAGCUUAGAAGAGGUCCAUGGACUGUUGAAGAAGAUUUAGUUCUUAUGAAUUAUAUUUCUCAUCACGGUGAAGGUCGUUGGAAUUCACUCUCACGUUGUGCUGGUUUGAAGAGGACAGGAAAAAGUUGCAGGCUAAGAUGGCUUAAUUAUCUUCGACCAGAUGUUCGACAUGGAAAUAUUACGCUUGAAGAACAACUCUUGAUUCUUCAACUUCAUUCUCGUUGGGGCAAUAGGUGGUCAAAAAUCGCGCAACAUUUGCCAGGGAGAACUGAUAACGAGAUCAAAAAUUAUUGGAGAACUCGGGUUCAAAAACAUGCGAAACAACUAAAAUGCGAUGUGAAUAGCAAACAAUUCCAAGAUACAUUACGUUAUCUUUGGAUUCCAAGACUAGUUGAGAGGAUUGAAGCAUCCAAAAUUUCGAAUUAUAAUUGUAUUAACGAAGCUCAACAAUCCAUUAUGAGAACAGAUAUUAAUAAUAAUUUUAGCACUAGCGUUACACUAGAAAAUUCCAGCGUGGCAACUUCAUCAGAAAACUCUAAUCAAGAUUAUAAUCAAGUUAAUCAAAGUGAUCAAUUAUGGUAUGAAGAUUAUCAAGCAAUGGAACAACAAAAUAAUAUAGAAUUAUGGAUGGAUAAUGAAGAUGUUUUCAACAAUUUGUGCAACAAUGAAGACAUUUGGUCCUUAUUAGAGCAUUAAAUUAAAUUAAAUCAACAACAGGUAUCAGGUUCGAGUCCCCUUGGGUACAGAAUCGUCUUUAUUAGGGGUAUCAGGUUCGAGUCCCCUUGGGUAUAGAAUCGCCUUUAUUAGGGUACAAAAUCACCUUUAUUAGGGGUAUCAGGUUCGAGUCCCCUUGGAUACAGAAUCACCUUUAUUAGGGAGCGUUUUACUCAAUGUGAGAUUUCUCGUCGUGAAUCUGAAUUUAGUCGGACUAGAAAAAAAAAAGUUUGAGUUUUGGCAAUUUUUUAGAGUUAUAAUUAAUAAGCAUUAAACAAAGCAUAGAACAAUUUUAUCUUUUUUUUUUUUAAUUGUGUGUCAUUAUUUGUAACAUUUCAAUUACCAGUAGAUGAUAAUAAUUAUAUUGUUAACUUGUUUUCUUCAA